UUCAAUUGAGGGUUAAACUCAAGGCUAACGUUUAUGACAGCAAAAAAUGCAGAGCAAAAGCAGCAGGGAAAAGAUAUACAUUAGCAGAGUCCAGAGAGGACAAACACAGGCUUCUGCAUCUUUCCCAUCCAGGGCCACAUGGGAUGUGCUCUCUCUAGCAUCAAACUACAAGCAUAUGUGCUAUGCCUCUGCCCAAGGAAUCUUGUUUGAGAUUUAGGGUCUGAGUCUUUUAUGGGAGGGAGCUGGUCAUGUGGGAGGCAUAUCCUGCUACACAGCCAACUGUGGCAACAGACUGGAUACCAGCAAUGAAAUCAGGUGCAUACAAAUCAUCGGUGUUGAUGUUUGUGCAAAGCAAUCUGACAAGCUGGGACAGCAUGGUCCAUUGCUCCAGGUGUACACAGCAAAAUCAUCAAUCAGUGACACGAAAAAACAAUCUGAGGGUCAUAUUCCAAAAGGUCAGUUGUGGUUCUAGGUUCCCUUGAAGAUAGGGAAGAAUAAGCAACCAGACCUGCUAUUUUAACUCUUUCCUUGUGAAAUGGCCAACCAAUUUUUUCUAAGCAUCUUUUUUGAAAAAAACCCCAUCUAAAAACCUAACAUCGUUUUAGCAUCUAUUUCAGUGCUCUGCGCAUCAGUCGAUGCAAACAGAAUAUUGUCUGAAAGUACCAGUUCUGUCGUUUUUAGCAGGCAGUGAAGAGAGCGUCAGCAUUUCAAAGGAAAAAAAAAAGGGUGCGAUUCCUCUAAAAUGCUGCCCGCAAACCCCGCCCCAUAUACCUGAGCGGCUCCGCCUACUCCCCGACUUAGGUGAGAGGCGGUGAACCACACUUCCCAGCGGGCCCUGCAGGUCUCCCGCGCCUGCGCACUGGUAGCUCAGGCAGGCGGGCGGAACUCCCGCGCUAUCCAGCCACCCGGUCUCGCCUCGCCUGGUCUCUACCCCGGGCAUGGAGGGGGUCCCGGCUGUAACGGCAGGGAACGCGGGCGCGGCCAAGGCCGAGGGAGCCGCAGCCAUGCCACCCCCAUCUCCCGCCUCCCCGCCUGCCCUCACCCCAGCGCCCGCAGCGGGUGAGGAGGGCCCGCGAUCUCUGCCUGAGGCGGGGGCUCCUGGCUGCUCGGGCUCCCGGCCCCCUGAGCUGGAGCCGGAGCGCAGCCUGGGCCGCUUGAGGGGCCGCUUCGAGGACGAGGACGAGGAGUUGGAAGAGGAUGAGGAACUGGAGGAGGAAGAGGAGGAGGAGGAGGAGGAAGAGAUGAGCCACUUCUCGCUGAGGCUGGAGGGGGGCCGGCCGGAGUCCGAUGACGAGGAGGAGCGCCUGAUUAAUCUCUCUGAGCUGACCCCAUACAUCUUGUGUUCCAUUUGCAAAGGUUAUUUAAUAGAUGCAACUACCAUUACAGAAUGUCUUCAUACAUUUUGUAAAAGCUGCAUUGUAAGACACUUUUACUAUAGCAACAGAUGUCCAAAAUGCAACAUAGUGGUACAUCAGACACAACCUCUUUAUAACAUAAGGUUGGACCGACAGUUACAAGACAUAGUGUACAAAUUAGUGAUCAAUCUAGAGGAAAGAGAAAAAAAGCAAAUGCAUGAUUUCUAUAAAGAAAGAGGUCUAGAAGUACCUAAACCUGCUGUUCCACAGCCAGUCCCUUCAAGCAAAGGAAGAUCUAAGAAAGUCUUAGAAUCAGUGUUUCGUAUUCCACCUGAACUUGACAUGUCUUUAUUACUAGAGUUCAUUGGUGCUAAUGAAGGCACGGGACAUUUUAAGCCAUUGGAAAAGAAGUUUGUCCGAGUUUCGGGAGAAGCAACUAUUGGGCAUGUAGAAAAAUUCCUCAGAAGAAAAAUGGGUCUUGAUCCAGCUUGUCAGGUAGAUAUCAUCUGUGGUGAUCACCUGUUGGAGCGAUAUCAAACUCUAAGGGAAAUUCGACGUGCAAUAGGUGAUGCAGCAAUGCAGGAUGGUCUGCUGGUUCUUCAUUAUGGUCUUGUGGUUUCUCCUUUGAAAAUUACUUGAAGAUUCUAGGAUUAUGAUGGGAGGGAAACAAAACAAGGAGGCUUCUGCAGGACUGCAUCUCACCAAAGAUUUCCACGAAACGUGUAAUUGCUAUCCCUUUGUGCUGUUCAAGACAUAACUUAUCUAUUUUCAGCACCAAGAAUCAUAGCAUUUAUAAGUACAACUUGGAAUGAUAGAAUGCAUCUGUUUUACUAGAGACUAUCUAUAAAAAGCAUCUGCAGCUCAGGGGGAAAAUUUUAAAGCAUUGAAUUUUUAAAUUCUUUGUGAUUUCAAAUACUUUGACAUUGAUUUUGUUUCCUAAUCUUUGAGGUUAAUUGGUUACUGUUUUUGUCUUCAUUGAGCCAUACCCCUUUCAAGUUCCUGGGUAGGAGUUUGCUCUCUGGAAUGGCACCAGUUGGGCAGUCAUCCUUUUGGUAAAGAAAAGAGCUUUUGAACUGAAGAUUUAAAACCAGUCUUUGUUAAAUUACAGAAUGUACCUCUGAGACCAAGACCAAAACUAUGGGCCACUUUUGUAUGUCGCCAUCAUAUUUUGAAAUUGUUUUUUUUUUUUGUUUGGUUUGGUUUGGUUUUUCAACCAGCAACACUACUAAAGAGUUGUUAUUCACUUCUAAAAGGGAUGAAUUAUAAUUUUUCUGUGUGAAGAGACUGUCUCCUUUGGGGUUUAUGGCCCGUACCAUAAGCCUUCAAUGUAGUAAAAGACUUCUUUAACAUAUCUUACAAUGAAGGGUGCCUCUUUGCAACAAUAUUUGAUUCUUUGACUGUUAAUUAACAUUCAUUUUGAGUACAUAGUGUUUGUCAGUACCUUGUAAUGGCACUGCUUUUGAAAGUAAUUUAAAACUUUGAAUUUGAGAAGUUUACAGAAUGCUUGUUAUAUGUUCAUUGUUUUCUCAGUAAGUCAGCUUAAUGAUUAUUUUCCCAUUACUUUGUCACUGGGAUAAAGAAUACGGGUGUUUGAGAGCUCACUCACUUGCAUGCAAAGAUUUCACUUUUAAACAUUAUUUGCCUAAAAUUAGUGUUGUGAUGCUUUCUAAAAGAAAUAUUUUAUAGACCUUACUUCACUGCAAAAUUUUCAAGUCUGCAUAAAAACAAUUACAAUUGGAUAAAGAUUGGCAAUUGUUUUAUAAAGAAUUUGUGGAGUAUAAAUCUCUUCUAACAUUUAAUACAAUUUUUUAAUAAAAAUUUAUUUUAACCUA